AUGCCCGACAGAGAGCGAAUGCGAGACGCGCGACACGCGAUACGAGAGCGAAACGCGUCGGUUGUGUUUGACCUGAAAGUUAUUUGGCACGUGUGCGUGGUGGACAAGAUGGCCACCGAAAAAUUCAUAGAAUGUGUGAAGAGAUAUCCAAUGCUGUAUAAUUCGCGUGACAAGAACUUUACAAAUCUAGAGAAAAAAGCGGAAACAUGGGAAAUUAUUGCAAGAGAAAUGAACGAAUCGAGUGAGGGGUGUCGCAUAAAAUGGAAAGGCUUAAGAGACGGAUACACCAAAUAUAAAAAACACUCCAAGGGCGAUAUGGGAGACAAUGCUAGCCAUAAGCAAUCGUAUACCAAUUGGUGCUGGGCUCCACAUUUGCAAUUUUUAGAUAAUUACGCGAAACGUAGAAAAAUAAUACCUAGUAUGAGUAAAACUGCUGCACAGUAUAAUAGUUAUUCACAUUCUUCGGUACCUGAUUCUGAUGAAUGGCAGGACAAUGAUACCUCAUCGACGUAUGCUCCAUCCACACCCUCCGCAUCUACGUCGACAACUCGCACAUCGCAAACAGUAACCAAAGUCACCCAAAGUCGAACUGCUACAGCAACCACCAGCGACGACGACGUUGAGAGAAUACUAAACUUUAUGCGGAGUAAACAAAAGAGGCCCCAUACCGACGCCGUGGACGACCUCUUCCAGAGCUACGCUAAAACAUUUAAAAGGUUCUCUGUACAAACGCAAAUAAUGUUGAAAGUAAACAUUGCAAAGCUAUUCGCCGAUGCAGAACUGCGAGAACACAAUAGUAUGAAUCAAAAUCAACCGCUGUUUGUCACCAUGGAUUGUGAUAUUAAAACGGAAGAUAAUUUAAACCAAGACAUGGAAUCAUUCGAUGUUACCUUUGAUCCUAACGAUGAUGAUUAG